AUGGCUGACCCGCUUUCCAUUGCUGGCUCUGUUGCUGGGCUUUUAGGUAUCGGGCUAAAGGUAUCUCACGCCCUAGGAGCGACGAUCAAUGGUACAAAGUCAGCACCUCAAAGUGUUAACUCCCUGAGUCGGGAGUUGAGCGCCUUGUGUGUGACGUUGGGAAGCCUGGAACGCAUUCUGAGUCUAAAUAACCUCUCCAAAUACCCACAGUUCCCCAAGGUUGAUCUUUCAAAUGUCUUGGAUACGAUGAUGUCAGACUUUAUACAAUUACAAGUCACAAUAAGAACGUUUACCGAUAUGCACACCGAUGGCUUCGCACUUAAGAUGUGGAAGCGGCUAACGUGGGUAUUUCGUGAGGGUGCGGUGCUGGGCUUGAGGAAUAAUUUAGAAGCCUACAAGUCUACCAUUCUUAUGACAAUUACAGCAGUAACAUUAGUCACUUCAAGUGUUACAGCUGGAGACAUGUCAGACCUACCGGCCCAGCUUAAGGAGCUGAGUGAAAGGAUAGAAAGUUACCGCGAUGAAACACUUGAUGGCAUCAAACCGACACUUCGUGGAUGCGGUAGUCUUGAUACAUUGGUUCCUCUCGACCAGACACGAUCGGCUCGUGAUACACUCAAGUUGGAUCUGGCCCGUCAACUAGAUAUAAAAGCUGAAGAUAUCAGAAACAAGUAUACUGGGGUUCCGGUGUUUCCUUGGCCACCCGCCCAAAUACUAUUCGACAUUGCAAUAGUAACCGAGUUGAAAUCUAUAAGGCAUGACAAUGUUUUGAGAGUGCUCCGGGACAAGGAAAAGCUCCCCCACAUCGCCUUGGAAUAUUUAAUCGAGCUCGACGAGGAAACAGACGAUAAGGAUCAUGAGAUAGUUUUCUUUCGGUUCGUCGGGUGCGCACUUCAGGCGCUCAUAGGAGAGGCCAAAGCACGCUCGAGUAAUGCCACUUUUUUGGAAUAUGUGAUCGAGUAUGACGAGAGACAGAGGGAGGAACGGAAAUCAACGUUGUCCGAUGUGCUCCGUAGAAUGGAAGAGGGAGGUGAUGAGAUCGGCUUGAAAUCACUAGAGAUGCUAUAUAAAGCACAACGAGAGCGGAGGGAGUGUGAUCUUGGCCAUUGGUUAGAUGUACUUCUGGGAGACUCUAUUUUAUUGAACCCUGACUCUACUGACAAUGCAAGUGAAUCAAUUGAUGCAAUACUCGCCAAAGCGAGUUGA